AUGGAUAAGUCUUUCUACAGACGUUUUAAUGCAACCUCAUUCGAGGUAGGUUAAGUUAGGACUUAUCGUCAUUAAAGUUGUAAAUAAAAAAUAAUAAUAAUAAAAUAUAGUGAAUACUUUUUUUAAAAAUAAUCGAGUAAUAUAUCGUAUAUUAUAAUAUUAUGUACACCUAAUUUAGGAAGACGGAUUUUGCUGGAGAAGAGCGGAGUUAACUGACUUACCAAAACUAAAAGAAAUGAUCUCUGAAGAAUCACUACGAGUUUUUGGAUUCACUGACAUUGCACAAAUAAUGUAAUUACCUAUUAUAUGAUACUAUUAUGAUAAUAUUCAAAAUUGAUAUCAUGUGCAUGCAGUGUUAAUAUUUAUAAUAUAAUUACAAUAAGUAAUAACAGAUUGUAUUUUACAGAACAGAAAACCCUCUAUCACUGUGUCAGGUUAACACUCAAAACGAAGAUAUUUCCAUUUUUAUGUCACUUUCGGGUCGCCCAAACAUUUAUUGCGUAACCUCCAAACACUGGAAAGAAUGGAUUAAUUAUUUUUAUGGGUAUGUAAUAAUUUUAGUUUUUUUUUUUUUUAAAUUCGAUCGAUAUUUUCAAUGAUUAAAAUUAUUAUAAUUUGCUGCAGUCUGAACGAUGCCGAGGAAUACAACACACUGUUCGUUCACUGUCUUCUGUUCCGAUGCGUGGAAAGUUUAAUUUAUUUACCAAUGUUGCUCGAAAUGGUCUACGUUCAAAUGCCGGAGAUCGAAAAUAUUAUAAUUAUAAAAUUUCCCGGAACUGAACUCUGUAAGGAUAACAUACCAGCCCCAUCGUUAAAGAAUAACAUCAUUAACGUCUCUAACAUUUUCAAUUUCAUAGGUAAAGAUGUUUGUUUGCCGUUUUCUUCGAUAUCUGCUAAAAAUGUUAUUUACGAUCCGGAAUUCGGACGUCCCGAGAUUUUAUACCACACUAAAGCAUUCAGUAUCAAUAAAGUCCGUUUACGAACUGCGAUGUAACUUUAAUAUUCACGUAGUUUUUUUUUUGUAAUCAUUGAUUAUUUUGUGUAUUUUGAAUAGCGUGGACGACUUUAUUGACUUGAGGGCCAACUUAAAAACCAGAUUGGAUUUUCUAGACGAAUUUUAUGGCGAAUACAGUUUGGCAGGUAUACUUGAAUUUCCGGGAGAAGGUCGCAUUAAUUUCGUUCCGACUGUAAGUAAUCAUAUUAAUAAUUUGAGUAUAAUAAUAUUAACGUAGAUAUAUAUGCAUACAACAUGAUAAAUUGUUCAAGUAACAUGUGACACCAAUUUCAACCGAAUGACUUAGUGAAAAAUUUAUUCAGUUUUUGGAAGAUAGUAGGGUAUACUAAAACAAUUAUUUUGAGCCAGAUUACAAAUUUGUAAUAUUAUCAAUACGCGCAUAAGAACAUAUACAUUUUCUAGAAUGGGAAUCCCUAUUUUUGGAAACCAAAUUUCGGUAGUCUUUUUUAUUGAUAGUUAUCAAAAGUUCAUUAAAAAAUAUAAUUUUUCAAUAAAAAGGUAUAAAGGUGUAAAGGUAUGUUAUGUUGUGUAAUUGUAUUACAAUUUAUUAUAAAUACUACCUGCUCACUGCAGUAGAAAAUAUGCUGCACGCUAAAUGGCGGGUGCCGUUACACAGUGCCAUAAAUUAAUGAAUACUAUAGAUGAGCAAUUAAUCUGAUAAAUCGGGCAUGUAAAAUAACGCUCCCGGUGUUAUUCCUCAAACUUAAUUUCUGAGCGGUGCAGAGCUGCCGCCACAGCUACAGUUAUAGUAUCUAUCAUGUUUGUUGUAUACACAAUAUGCAUGUAAAUGAACGUUGGCGAUUGAUACAGAUACAGAUCAUACAGAUACGGCCAUACGGGUACUGACAUACAGUGAUAUUUAUUUAUGUCCUUUACCGAAUUGAUUUAAUUUAUAAGUAAAAAAAACAAAAAAAUGUUUUUUACCUAUUUAUUAUUAUUUAUUUUGAUGAAUUUAUCAUUAAUAGUUUUAUGAAUGGUAACUAUUAAAAUACAUAUAAACUAAUAAAAUAAUUAUUAUUAUUAGAUGAUUUAUUUUUAGUUUGAACUUAUGUAAUACCAUAAUAAUAUAAUAUUAUGUAUUGUAAUAUAUUAAUAAUUAUAAUAUUUAUAAUUACAUGAAGCUUGUGUAUGUUUAGCAUUAAACAAUUUAAAACAAAAUGGGGAGAGUGUGGGGAAGAAGUCCUCCAUGAGUUCAUAAACCAUUUUCAAUCAAAACAUAUACGUUAAGUUAAAAGUCACACUAUUUCACUGACCUACACCUAAGUAUGCGUAUUGUACUAUUUCGUAUAUAAAUACUAUUAAAAUGUAUAGUAAUUUAUAGAAAUAUUAAUUUUUUUUCUUACAUUUCUGUCGUGUUUGAAUAUUUUAAUAAAAUACUAAUAAACGAUUGCUAUUUGACGUAUUUGUUUGGUAUGAUAUAUAACUGUAGGCGCUUAAUGAAAAAUUGAUAAUUAUGGCUAGAAGAAUAAGAGUUUUUUAGUUCUGUUCCAUUAAAAGUCGAAAAAUUAACGAACAGCUAAUUCAAGAAAAAAUACCAAAAGUUUCAAACAUUUGGUCUGAUUUAUCAUCCAACGAUUCUGAAGACAGUAGAAAUGAUCGUGAUCCUGAGAAAUUAGAAUCUACUAGUGAUCAAACUGAAAGUAAUUGAAAAAUAAUUAAUACAAUUGCAGAACCUACUGAAACAAAAAAAAAAUCAGAAUGUAGAAAAGAUCAAAAUUAGAUAGUUUUUGGCUUCUUCAGACUUAUUCCUGUUUAAAAAAAAUAAAAUUGGGGAAUAAAUAUGGAAUAAAAUUCAUGGUAUGUUUUACACAUAUUCAUGAAGUACAAAAAUUCUCCAAAAAUGGCACAAUAUCAAUAGCUGUUGGAAUUCGGUGUAAUAGCCAAAAUAAAUUGGAAAGGAACAUUGGUUAUUUAAAAACUGAAGCUCAUAAUGCAGCUACAAAUCUUGACCAAAAACAGAUGAAAUGGAUGGAAAAAUCUGAUAAACACCCAUGGAUAAAACUUUGAAAUUACACGAAAAAGAAAAAUUGUUAAUUGAAUUUGUAAUUGAUGUCUGCAACGACAGUCGCCAAUUUACACUUUCAGCACAUUCCUGGCCUUCUGAUCAUUGUUUAAAAUGCAUGCAGACUCGCAAAUAGCAUCUUAUAAAGAUAAAGGACUGACAUCACAAUUUUUCCAGUUUAGUCCUACAGCUGCAUUAUAUCGAAAUAUCAAUAACGAAACCUAGUUUUUUUUCGAGAGAUGUUAGAUAUAGUUGGACGUUCUGCAUUGGAAAAGAUUGUAGAUCAGCUAAAAAAUUGAUUGUUUUUCUAUAUAAUUUAAUGUAUCAGUAAAUAAAUACGGAUUUGAAAAUCAAUUUAUAACUGUUCGAUUUUUAACAGAAAAUCUAGAAAUAAAGUCAGUGUUCUUAGGAGAAAGUAAAUCUGGUAAACGAGGCGUAGAAGGUUUGCUAGAUUCAAUUGAAAUUAUCUUUCGAGAUCUUGAUAUUGAAGAUAUAACAAAAGAAAAAUUAACUGGCGUAACUACUGAUGGAGAAAAAUGCCAAUACUGAUAAAAAUGGUGGAUUAUGGUUACACUUAAAGCAAUACUUAAAAAAGAAUAUAUUUUGUAUAUGGUGUGUUGCUCACAGGACACAUUUGGUAUUAUCUGAUAUAGAAUCCACUAUUAUCGAAGUAAGGUAUUGGAAGACCAAUUUGAAAGCUAUUGACACCUUUUAUCGAAGAUCUGUUCUUCAUUACGGAUGGCUUAAAAAAAAAGUGUUACUAAAAAUUUUAAAUUUAUUGGUUUCCCGUUUAUUUUGAGCUACGAUUUUCUGAGCAUCUAUCAAAUUUAGUUACAGCUCUUUGAAAAAACUUACCAUGUAUGCAAACACAUUGGGAAUCAAUUAUUGGAAGCUCUGACUCAAACGAAUAUUAGAAAAGCUUCUGCUAAAGGAUUCUUGCGUAUAUAAAAAGAUGACGGUGAACAACAUCACUUCAUGUCUUAUGAUAGAUAUCUUAAGACAUAUUGAAAAACUUCCAAAAGAUAGUCAAAAAUCAAAGAUUAUUAUGACUGAUAUAGAGCUCUUAAAGAAAGUCGCUGUGGAUUCAAUUAUAUUGAUGGAAAAUGAACCCCUUAUUCAGGAUGAUAUAAAGAAAAAUGUAUGAAUUGUCUUACGGAUGAAGAUAUUGCAGAAACGAAUAUAGAUAUUGUUGAGGAAGUCCUAAGAAAAUGACGUAAUGUACAUUUUCUGGUUUCUACUAAAAGGUAUUGGUCUUCAAUGAGAAAAGAAGUAGUAUUAAGCUGCAAGAAAUGUAUUUUUAAUAUGCAGUUUCUUGUUUUACCAAUGAUGUUUUAAGUCUUUAUCUUGCAUAGAAACUUCCACCUUCUUUAGAAAUGAAUAACUCUACAGCAAAAAUAUUCCAUUAAUUAAAAAUAUCAACACAGUCUUCAAUAUUUUCAAAAUUGGUGCAGUUAUUUAUCAGUUUAACACCAUAUAGUGCUGGUCCAGAGAGAGCGGUAUCAGUACAUACGGUAUUAAAAACUAACAAAGAAUUGAGUUAUUCAAGAGAGGCUAUAAAUUCAAGAGUGUGUAUCGCUUUCAUUGAGAUAAGAACAGCACUGUUUAACCCCAGGCCUGCAGUUGCUAAGUUUAUGGAGUUUAAGGAGAGAAGGAGGAAACUACUUGACUCAGAUCUAUACAAGAAUCAGGAAUUUAUACACACAUUUUUUUCUAUUGAUUCAAACUUAUAAUUUUAAAUUUAAAUUUAUUUUUUUUUUAAAAUACAGAUACUAAUAGGUAUACAUAUACUCUUUUCUACUUAUUUUAUAAAGGUUUUAUUAUUGAAAAAUUGGUUAUGUUGAUAUAUAUCUCAGUAGAAGUUAGUAAAUAAACCUAUAUGAAACUAGUUGAGACAGAAAAGUUGAUUUACCUUCUAAUUUUUAUGUUCCUCUGGUAGACAAUUUUAUCGAAGUGUUACCCAGUGAAAAUUACUUAAAAUAUGUAAAUACAUGUAAAUGUGAGCUCCAAAUUCAUUUCAGUAAUUAAAACAAACUGUAUUUUACAUUCAUAUUGUCUUACAUUUAUUCAAGGAUUUGUAAUAUUUUCACUCCUUAGCUCUAAUAUACAUAUAUCAUAUUAAAGUAUCCAUAAUAGGUCUUUCCUUAAUAAAUAUUCAGCAAUAUAACUGGCUGUCAUAUCAUUAACACUAUUGGUUUUAUAAACAUGUAUUACUGAACUCAUUUCAAGAAAAUGUAUUUUAACAUGAAUUUUUGUUUCAUUUAUGUCCGGACUUGUGAGAAAUGAUUUUAAAUUACUUAAAGUAUCGAUUUAAUUUUACUGACAAUUAGCUUCUUUAAAUUUGAUUGAUGAAAAAUUAUUAAGAAGCAGAGUUUUAAAUGAAUUUAUAAAGUAGUAACAAUCGAGGUUAAUGUUUCACCCAAAAAUUUGCCUAAAUUAUCCAUAUAAAUACUCAAGGGAAGGAAUCCUGAUUUAUGUUACAGGUUAUAAGAUAUUUAUUGUUCUUAUUUAAUUUAAACCAUAGAUUUUUAAAUCCUUCUUUGGUUACUAGGUAACUAACCAGUUUUUAAUACAAUGGGGUUUAGAUAUUUUACCUUUAUUAUCUACAAACUUUAUAGAGUUAAAAACUGUGAUUGCCUCAUUUCAAAAAUAAAUAUGUCUCAAACUGGAUGUAACAGCAUAAUAGAGAUCUUUCCCAUUCAUUGAAUAAACUGAACUAGCAUUUAUAGGGUCAAAGACCAUAUCCAUAAACAAACAAAAGUUUGCAGUGCCAAGAGUUUUUUAAUCCAAUUUAAUAUUAUCAGAAGCUGUAAUAAUCAAACAGAUGUAUAUAAAAUAUAUGUAAAAAAUUAAUUAAUAAACAAAUUAAAAUUACUCAUAUUACACAUCAGUCUCACGGUUGGUGUAAAAAAUUUUGAACUGCUGGAAAAACUUUCAUCUUUUUUAUUUUGUCUUUGUAAAUCACGGGUCUCCAUAAUUUUCGAUAGAUUCCGCAUUAAAUUUGUAGAUUUUCAUAUGUUUUGUCUAUAUCAUAUGAGUAUGUAUUUACUUCGUAGUUCCACUAAACCCCUACGAAGUCCUUUCCCGCGCCAAUUGAAUUUGAAAUUUUUAGCUAACAAAUUGUAUCUAAUUGAUGUCAAUAGAUGUGGUGCAUCAUAAAUAUGUAUCAUCGAAGAUCAGAGUACAGUAUCGAUUCAUAGGGCUUAUAUAACCAACAAUUUGUCUUAGAUAUUCAAUAACAUGAUAAUUUAUUCAUGGUCCAAAAGAUACUUUACGUAGUAAACACAUAAUUAUUUUGACAAAAGGUAGUGCAAAUAAAAAUAAUGGUCAUAUAAUCUUGUAACCCUUUGGGCUUUGUUUAUAUAUAGACAAUGCUAACAUUUUGUCAUCGUUGGAAUAUCGCUGACUAUGCAUUUUUUUCUUUUGAUUUUGAAUCUGAAACAAAAUGAAAUUACGUCUUUGGAUGGUGAAUUUGCAAAAUAAUGUUUGGAAGCUGUAUCAAAGAAUAUUAUACUUGAUAAAAAUAAACUAUUUUCGAAUAUAAGUCCAUCCCGACAGACAAUGUGUUGUCGAAUUCAUAACAUUUUAAAUACAAUUAUUGGGUAAAAAUCAAAAAAUGAAUAACUUACGCAUAAACUAGAUUACAUAUGCAACAAUGCCUCUUGCCGGUUAUCUAUUGGAUCAAUAUUUAUAAUAGAAAACAUGAGUCUUAAAAAUUUAAAAUAAUGAAAUCGUUGUUCAUAAUAGUCUAUGAAUGGUUUUAAUAUUUCUUCGUUUUUUUAAUAAAACUCUGAAUCCAGUAGUUCAUUAAAUUCAUUGUCUACGUCAUCUUUCAGUAUAAAACUAAGUGAUGUCAUCAUUCGAACUUGCAACGCAAAUUCCGAGUCUUCGAUAUAUUUUUGUUGUAACCCUAAAUUUUGAAUGCGUCGCCAAAUACUGCGUGAUAAAUUGAAAAAACAUCCACGAACUUAUGUGUUACCAAAUGUUUUUUGAACAGCAUUAAUCGAUUAGUCAUUACUCAAUAAUAUACGUCUUGGUCUUGUCUAUUAUCUAACGUGUAGUGCAUAUUUGUCUACUUUUAUAAUGCCGUAAAUUUAAUCUAAAUUUAAAUAUAAAAUUUUCUUUUUUGAGAGAUACUGACGAAAUUGGACAAUUUUUUGUAUGAUUUGUAAAUCUGUGCUUUAAAUUGAAAAUGGUGGCUGAGUAGACAUAAAACAGCUAUCACCAAACCGAAAAAACAUUUUCGUGCAGUAUCUUCUACGUCAAGUAAUAAUAAAGUAACAUAUUUUAUUAAAAAACAAAAACCGGAUGGAUUAAUUAAUGAAAGUAAACAGGUCGCUAGUUUCGUUUCUUACGAUCGUACACAAUCAUUCUUUUAGAUCAUUGGACUGCACAUCAACCUAUUUGAAACAUAUUUAUAACAAAAAAUUCUUAUUUAUUUUAUUAUUGAAAUUAAAUAUAAAUUAUCAGAUAAAAUUUUUGUGAUAAUAUAAAAAAAAAAAAACAUUUUAAAUACUAUAGAUCAGGGGUCUCAAACCUUUUUUUACGGCGGGCCAAAUUUGAUAUACGCUUUGGCAUCGCGGGCCAACAUUUUUAGAAAUGUGUUAUCUAUAAAAAAAAAAAAAAAUUGUUGUCUAUCUAGGAUUCUAGGAAUAGCUGAUAGGUUAUGAAAUUGAGAAAUAAAUAAGAAUAGAUGAGAUUUAUUUAAAAAAAUGUAUGUUUAUUUAUAUAAUUUGUUUAUUUUAUAAUUCAAAAUUUGUUUUAUUAUGAUACGAGUAAGUUACUUAGUGNCUUAAGUAAGUUCUGUACUUAGAUUUGACGUAUUUCAUUUUUGAAAACGUCUGCUCACAUAAGUAUGUUGAGCUAAAUAUUGACAUCAUUUCACGUGCAUGUGUUUUGAGAUUUGGAAAUGAUUCCUCUAGCAACAUGGCGUAAAAUUGUUGAAGACUGGAUUCCUUGAAAUAGUCUUUGAAAUUGUUAUUUGAUAUGAGCUCGAUAACUUCAAGCUGGAGCUCUGUCGGUAAAGUUUCUAUUUUUAUGGCAAAAGGAUUUUCAAAAAUUCGAAUACGGUCUUCUACACUUUCAAAAUCUCUAAACCGUGUCUGGAACUGCUCAUUCAAGUAGGUGAGAACUCCAACAGCAAAAUCGGUAAGGAAUUCUUCAUCAUUUUCAAGUUUGAAUUUGUUGCAUGUUGGAAAAUGGGCAAGAUUUUUUUCUAUUAAUUGAUUUGUAAAUAGAGUUAAUUUUAAUUUGAAUGCUUUGAUGUAGGAAUAUGUAUCGAGUUUAAGAGAAUUAACGAGUUUGCUCCUUGCAGUUUUAAACUCAACUCAUUAAGGAGCCGAGUUAUAUCAACGAGAAAAGCUAGUUCCCAUAGCCAUGACAAAUCAACUAACUCAGUUACAACGCGGGUUUUUUUUGUCAUAAAUAUGUCGAUUUCUGAACAAAGAUAAAAAAAAUCUUUUUAAGACGUAACCUCGGCUGAGCCAACGAACUUCACGAUGAUAGGGAAUAUCUGGGUAUUCGCUUUCAAUUUCAGCAAGAAAGUUCUUAAACUGACGGUGACUGAGAGCACUUUUUCGAAUAUAAUUUACAUUCUACCCAACAAUAUUCAUAACUUCAGAUAUUGGUGCAUUUUUCCCACAUAAAGCUUGCUGGUGUAUAAUGCAGUGAAUAGCCAUUGGUGCUGCAGUACCAGUCUCCAAUACAGCUUUACUAACAUUUCCAAUCAAACCGGUAUGUGCUCCACACAUGUUGCGUCCACCGUCAGUAGUUACGCCUUUUAAAAUGUUAAAAUCAAGACCCAAAGCAAAAAUAGAUUCUUUUACCUUCAAAAAAAUUUCAUUACCAGUACAUGAAUCUUUCAUUGAGCGGAUGGUGGCCAAUUCUUCGGUUAUUUCAAAAGAUUCAUUGACUCUGCGAACGAAUAAAAGUACCUGCGCUGAGUCUGAAGUGUCAGUAGAUUCAUCCAAAGCAAUUGAAAAAUAUUGAAAGCUUGUAGCAGUAUCUUUUAAUUGACGAAUAUCAUUUCCGAGAUCUGUGGUACGUCGCGCAAUUGUAUUCAAAAGUAAAUUCUGUUUUAAUAUUUCAAACUUGUCUGAUCGUAGUUUACCAGAUAGNGCUUACUUUUAUAAUGUCUACCAAUAUUGUAUUCUUUCAUAACAGCAACCUUUUCCUUGCAAAUAACGCAUAAAGCAACAUUGUUUUGUUCAAUGAAGAAAUAGUCAUUAUUCCAUUUUUUGUUAAAAACACGGCACUCUGUAUCGAUUUUCCGUUUUUUACUUAAGCUCAUAUUUAUUUUAAUACAGCACAGAGCACUACACUCGAUAAGAAACAACACUAAACUGCAAUAAUCAUAACAAAUUAUUCUAUAUUAUAUACUCGAUACAUUACAGUAGACUCGCGCAGUUAGAAAAACCCGUCGAUUACACGUUCGGUAGCGUUAUUAUUACAACAGAAAAAGUCGAUCGUAUCUUAUCUGACCAUCAUCGCGUAAGUUUCGAGUACAAUAUAAGUCAAGUAAGUGUGAUUGACGAGUUAUUGACGAUCUAUUAUUAGUUACAUAUAUACAUAUAUACUAAUAAUUAGUAUAUAUGUAUAACUAUUAUAAGUUGUUAUGAAUAAUACCUACCAAAAGAAAAUAUUAUAAAUUUAUUUUAUUUUAUUAAUCAUUUUCAAUAAAAAAUAAAUUAAAAACAAUGAAAAUGAAUAUAUUAUUUUCAAAACAUUAAUUAGCUUGGCGGGCCGGAUCCUGCCCGCGGGCCGUAGGUUGGAGACCCCUGCUAUAGAUACAUUCUUCGCUACACUCAUAAUCUAAAAUAUAAUUUAAAUUAAUUAUUUCUAAUUUUGAUUUUUAAAAUAUAUUAUUUUAUUACAUCUUUGAAAAAUGAUUGUUCCCACUUAGUUUUCCAUAAUUUUAUCUCACCCUUGAGAGAACAUUGAAAUUUAUAAAUGAGAAGUGUUUCUUUCUUGUUCCAAUCAAACUAUUUCCAAGACCCGGAAUCAUCUUUAUGAUAUUUGGUAUCAGUUGCAUUUGUACUUAAAAACUAUGAAUAUUUUGUAUAACAAAAAAUGAACAUAAUACGGCUUAUGGACGCGCCUGUAAUGGAUAUGCUUUGGCAAUGCACGAAUCAAAUGCAGCAGUUGAAAUAACGUUUUUCAAUAAAUAUAUACUGUGGAAAGAUGAAGAAAAUCGUUUCUUAUAGACACUAUAAAAGCUAUAUUUAUUGUUAAAAAUUAUUUCAAAAAUUAUUCAUUAAUGAAUUUUAUAAUUUUCUUCUAAAACAAAAUUAACUAUUUGAUUUAAUAAAUUCAUCACAAAAAUACGACUUAGCAAAUAAAAAGAAACUACAAUUAUCAUCAGAAUAAAACUUGUAAAAUGUAUGAUUUUUUUAAAAUACAACCGGUUGUUUUACUUUCAAUACAUUUUUUUUCAUUCAUUGCAAAAAUUUAUUAUAAAAAUGUAUUCUUGUUUUUUUUUUUCAAAUAUGAUCACCCUGUACUGGACUAAUAAUCUACGGCUGUAUUUGAUAAGUUUUGCAAUCUACGCUUAUUGAUGUUAUUGUGAAAAUCUGAUUAUUUUUAGAAUUCCCUUGACAACAUUUUCGACUUUUAUAGAUGGUAUAUUACUAUAAUAAUUUUAAUAAAAUAUUGAAAGAACCAAUUCAAAUUAUAACAACAAUAUUAAUUAUUUAAUAAUAUUUUAAAAGGAAUUUUAUUUUGUAGUAUAUAAAACUCGGAGUCUAUACAAAACAAACCAUUGUAUUUGUAUAAUUAAUUUAUUUCGGCGAUCAAUUCACCAUGAUCCCCUAAUAAUAAUGUGCUGUAUUAUUAUUGUACUGUUUACAUCUCAAUAGUGACAUCUAAAAUAAUUUAAACUCUGAAAUAGAAUUGUUAUUAAUUAUAUAAAGGAAAACAUAUCUAACAAAUUUUAACAAUUUUUAAACAACGUCUAACAAACGAGUGUGGGUACUUAGAGUCCUCUCUCGGCAACUUUCAGUUUUUGUGUAGUUUUACCGUGAAUUUGGCAUCACAUCGUAUAUUUCAGGAAAUAAGUCUAUCAAAUUCGUUUAACUUUCAGAGUCUUCCAGAAAAAAUAUUCCUAUAAGGCAAAAUGACAAAAAAUAAUAGCGCAAUGAUUAUUAUUAACAACAUAAAAUAUUGUAGAAUAUAUGUUUUUUCCGUAUUACAUGUAUUAUAUCGUUUUAAAUUCAUUAAACUGUAAUUAAAUUAAGUAGAACCGAGGUAAUCUACGAAUCAUGGACCUAAUGAUUUUUUUUUCAUUAGAAUGAAGUAAAUGGAUUGAUGACUAUAACCACGGUUGUUGAUUAUUCUUUGUUAGACAGUGUAUUUGAUUUACAACCAUUUGCGGGAUUAAUCAAGUUCAAAGACCAUGAAAUCAUACAUAAGGGUAUUUUGCGACCAACUGCAGACGUCAACCAGCCUAUUGGAACUAUAGAAAGCGUAAAUAGUCCAUUGUCCGUCGUGUGAGUACCUACUAUAAUAUAUUAUUUAAAAUCAAGAUAUUAUUAUGAAACAUAAUUAUUCGACAAAAAAAAUAAUAGCUGUUAAUUUGUUGAAGUAUUCAAUACAUAGGGUGAUUUUUUUUGAUGAACCAGAAAUUUUAAGUAGAUCUGAUUUUUUUAUUAAUUAUUAUGGUACCGGUUAAAUUUUAUUUAAAAACAAUUUUUAAUUUGUACCCCUUAUCCAUGUACUUUAAAUAAGUAUACACGAUUGUUUUUAAAAAUUUAUGAACCCACCUUUUAAAACACAGUUUCGAAUGAAAAAUAUUAGUAUGAAUAUACAGUGUGUCCACACAUGAAUACGACAGAUUUUUAUUAUUUAACUAAAUAUUAAUUGUUUUUUAAUUAAAAUGGCUAUAAAAAAGAAAUAUAAAUGUGUAUACAUCUGAUAUAAAUGCGUAAUACAUUCAAAUUUUUAGAAUAAUAUCUUUUACAAAAUGGCUAUUUCGAAAUUUUUUAAAGUGAAUAAAUAAAAAGUUAAUUUUUUUUUUUGUCUUUAAGGAAUGAAAAUAAAAUUUUAAUUUUUCUCCAAUUCGAUGUCUAUCUGAUAGCUUAUAAAUGUAACAGGAGGAUCAUUAAAUUUUGUACUUUUCGGUCAAAAAAAAUUAGAGCUUAAGUAGUAUUUUACAAAGGAAUUUUAAUUUCAAAUUUUGACGAAAAUCGUUUGAGUAAGAAUAAUUUGAAACAAAUCUAAUUUUUAAAUUUUUUUUGAAAAUGCGUAUAUUGUCGAUUUAAGAACGAUGGUGAAGUCAGAAUUCAGCGAACUGACUAAGUUAAGAAAUUAUGCGGAUUUUAUAAUAUGUAUGAUGUUAAAUAACUCAACAAUGACAAUUAUAUAGUAUGUCUGUCGUAGUAUAAUGGUGGUACUUACCUAUUGUCACCCCAGAGAUCAUAGGUUCAAACCAGAGUUUUUUUAAACUAAAUAGGGCAAAAACAAAUGUAUUUUGGGUGUACCUAGAGACCCAAGCUCACUCGGAUUAUAUUAUUAAUCGAAAAACCCCCUUGAUUUGUUGUGUAAACUUUUGUAUACAAAAUCUUGUUUCAGUGUAUCAAGUAAAGCACCUUUUUUGAAAGGAUAUUUUAUAUGCAUGGUACUUUGAGUAGGUCAUUUUUUGAUUUUCUAAACAGUUUUCAUAAUAAUUGAGAAAACCGAGAUAAAAUGUCGGAAAAUUUACGAAAAUAACGCUUUUAUAAAAUAGUUAAAAAUAUUCGCAGUGAUUUAAAAUUUGGACAUGAAACUUAUAUUUGCCUUUUCUAGACGUCGUAAAACUUACAUUUGAUUAACAUUUAUAGACAUUUUAAUUUUGUGAAUAAUUUUUAUUUGGCAGGUAUAAAAUUGUUGGACUAAACAGACAUGCUUGAAAAUUGAACAGGAGGCUAAUUAUAUGUCAUACGGACGUACCUUGUGAUCAAAACAUAACAAAUUGAAUCUAAUAUAGCAUGUUUUAGAUUAAAAUUUUAAUAUCAAAUUUUGACGAAAAUCGUUUUAGUAAGAAAUUAUGUGGAAAAAAUUUAGUUACCGGUCUAUACAAAAUACAAAUUGUUUCAAUAUAUAUUUACUUACUAUAAUAUGACAUAUAUAUUGUUAAAAUAACAAUAUUAUAAACUGAGCUCCACUUAGAAUCGUUUUUCGUUAGCAAUGAUUAAUUUAAGAUUUAUCUUUACUUAAAGAUCUAAAUUAAAUUACCCUUUAUUUCCUGCCUUCCCAACUUCUCAUCUACAACGGUGGCCCACCUAUCGUGCAAAGUAUGUCAGUCUUUAUUUUUAGUUAUAUAUAUAUAUAUAGAGGAUAUAGAGGGGAUAUUAAUUUGUAUCUGUAAGGAACGAUAAUCCAUAAUUAACGAAAAAACGAUUCUGACCGCAGUUGAGUUGAUAGUGUUGCUUUGUUAAAAAUAUAUAUUUCAUAUUAAGGUAAAAUUACAUAUGCAUUAAACUUUUUUUUUCAUAAUAUUUGUUUAAUAUUUUACCUAUUUUCCCGUUUUCUGGUUUUUCCUACGUUUUUUAAAAAUUUUCAAAUUUAUUGAGAAAAUUCCUAAGAAAAUUAAAAAAUGACUCUUUUAAAGUACCUGCCCAAUAGGAUUUCCUUUCAGAAAAAGUGCUAUUAUUGUAAAUCGGAGCACAAUUGCUAGUAGAAAAGUUGUUCACAGGAAAAAAAAGUAAACAUUGUAAAACCGAGCUCCGCUCAGAAUCUAAACAAAUCACUUUGUAUACGAAUCGGUAAAUUAAUAAAAUAUGCUUAAUAAUAAUAUACUUAACAGGGGUGAUCUAACGGAAGGGGGGAUAUAUCUCUUCUAUUUCUCUUAAAUAUUUAUAAUUACAGGGUAAGUUUUAAGCAUGAUCACCUAAUGGUGAUCAUGGUUAAAUUAUGCAUAAAUUAAAAUCCUAAUUUUUAAAAUUUUUAAUUGUAGUAAAAGACGAUAUUUUCGAAUAUUUAGAUUUUUCACAACCAUCAAGAAGCAUCGUGUGAUAAUAAUACAUUUGGUUUUUUUAAAUAAGAACCUAUAUGUUUUAACGCGAAUUGUCAAUUAAAUUAAUUUUUUUUUUAAUUUUGACGUGUUGUUAUCAACAUUUAAAUGAAUAGUUUUCGUGUUAUUAUACUUUAAACACUAAAGUAUUAUAACGAUUUAAAACAAGAAAUUGCUAAUACACGACUCUUAUGAUACAGUAUGUACCUAAUUUCUUUAAAAGUGUUAUCUUUAGUUGCUUGGUGUUAUAAAGGUUUUCAUUUGAAGAACUCAUUAAAAAAUCUAUGUAUUCGAAAAUAUCACCCAAUUUAAAAAUUAAAAAAUUCUAAAAAUCAGAUUUUCAAUUUAUAUAUAAUUUAACUGUAAAUAUGAGGUGAGCAUGCUUAAAAUAACACUGCAGAUUAUAUUACAUAAUUAAUAUCUUUAUAGUUAUAAAAUAAAUAAUGUAAACUAUUAUAGUUCUUAAAAUUUAUCCUUAUCCCCUCAGGACAACAACAUUUGAGUGCUACCUAAUGAUACCUAAUAUGUUAAAAUAAAUUUAAAAUUAUAAUAGGAAUUUUAAUUACUUUAUUAAUUUAUUUAUAGUGAAUCGACAACGAAACAACUUGUUGAUAAAAAUGAGAAUGUGACAUUGUCUUUGCAAAAUGAUAAAAGUUCCUCCGAUGAGUCUUCUGUAGGCAUUUCCACGGAUAAGCGCGAUUUUAAUUUUAAAGGAUUGUGUGAUGCAAAACUCACUAGUAAGUCUCAAAUUUAUUUUUAAAUAAGUACAGAGGUGUUAUUUUUACAUUUAGUUUAGUAAAUGUCUAAUUAUUAAAUUAUUAUUGGCAUUGAAAAAUAUUAUUAUAAAUCCCCAUCCCCGAAAUAAGCAAAUGGAAAUUAGGUUCAUAGUAAAAACCAAUAUAUAAUACUUUGGAUAUUAUACUAUACUUUAUAUUAUUAUACUGUCAAUUAUGCUAGAUAUAAUUAAAGAUUUCUUGAAGUUCCAAGAAGUACCUACUAAAAAUGAGAAUGAUACAUACUACUUAAGCAGUUCAGAAGAUGUACUUCUAAACAAAUAUUCUAUCAAGUUAAAUUAUCAAAACACUGCUUUUAUGGUCGAAUUAAUGUUAAUUGAUGAAGCUGAAACAAAAAAGUAAUAAUGAUGAUUUUUUUUUUUUUAUUAUCAUUUUUUUGAUACAUAAUUAUAAUCGCAUUAACAGAGCUUCAUGGGAUUAUUUAGUCGCCUUUUUCCACGAAUUUCCGCAGUAUGAUUAUUGUUUAAUGAAUUUGCGUACAAUGCCGACUCCACCAGAGUAUAAAAAGUUUUUUUGUGUGUGUACAUGUUAUAUAUUACAUUAUACUUUAAAUUUUACAUUAUUUUUUUUUGUAAUAAUAUUGAUAUGUAUUAAUUGUAGAAAGCCCAGUUGAAACAUAACCGAGAAUACUCUUUUGGUCUACUUUAUUUACUACAUCGAUCAUCACUAUUUGGGUGAGUAUAUAAUAGUUAAUAAAUAAUUGUCUCCGAUUUCUUAUACUGUUUUAACAUUUGUUCUAUUUCAGAGAUUUGUCUUGUGUUAUGGUCACAAAAGACCAUUUAGAAAUCAUGGAAAGCUUAAUUGAAAAUCACCCUUUAAAGAAUAUUAUAUCAAAUAAUAUAUCCAAAUCGGUUUUUGAAGAUACGAGAUAUAAAACAUACAUUUUUCUAUGCAACAGCCGACCUAUUGGUUACUGUGUUAUUCGGUAACAAUAUUAACUCAACAUAUUUAUUCUAUUUAUUCCAUUAGUUUGUAUCAGUAGCGUAUUUUGUGAGGAUGUCUUCUUUAAUUGAACAUCCCCUCCUCCUCCAAAAUUAAAAAAUUGGUGCAAUGUAUUGCUAUUUUUUUUUUUUAGUAUAUGGUUCAUACAUUAGACUAACUAUAAUAUGAUAAUAUACAGUAAAUUGAAGUAGUGUAUAACAGAUUAAUAAAAAUAAAACAAAACAAAAUAGAAUACUUAGUAGUAUCAAAAAUAGUGAGUAAUAGUAAUAACUAAUAAGGAUCAGUAUAUAUGAUAUUAGAUUUUAAGAUCUAGUUUCUUCAACUAUUUAAUAAAUGUGGAAACAUUUGUGAGAGAAUCGAUUCUGGGUUUUCGAUAGUUGUGGAUAGAGUAUACAAAAGCUAUGUGGUAGAUGGUCUGUUCUGCUUCGCAAUCACAUUCUGGUGAGUUUUUUAUGCCACAUUUGUGCAAGAAAUCUGUUCAUCUGCAAUGCGAAGUUUGUAUUCUAUUAGGUGUGCACCACAGAUAGCGAUGCAGGGAAAAUCCAGUGAGUUUAUGUCCUAGUGAUAUGUUAAUAAGAGGUUGUCGUUUUCUACUGCAGUUGCCCAUGUUUGUUUCCAGUUAGUCAUCAUAUCGAAGUUUGUAUUAAUUAGAUCCUUAGCUGUUUUUAAUGGGGGGUUUCUAGACUUUAAUCGUCUUUUGGUCAUAUCAUCAAUAAAAUUAUUAAUGUACAGUUCGUGGUUAAGAUUUAUUUUUGAGAAUUUUUUAAUCAAAACGUUCGCUUUGCGAAGUAAAAGAGGAUUAAAAAAAAUCUAUUUGGCCUGCUUCGUUUUUUUGCACUUCGAUUACCAUCAUAUCACUUAAAAUUUCUUUGUCUGUUAUGAUUCUUAUGCAAGAUAUUAUUAUUUUUAAUGAGGAAAAGAAUCUCUCAUUUGAAGGAGUAGUGACUAGAAGUGUUUUGAUAAAAUGUAAAAUUUUUAAAAAUUCUAUUAAUACACUAAAGUACUAGGAAGAUUUUUAAGCGUAUCGGCUAUCAAAAUUAGGAUACAGCAUUUUAUUUUAUACGAGUAUUGAUUGAGCCGAAGAAAAUUCUGGUGACAUUUUUGAAAAGUAAAUUCCAAAAUACUGGUUAUGUUCAACAAGUUGACAAGAAUGGAUAUUUUGUUAUCUUUAUUAUAUACGAUUGUGCAAUAACUAAAUUAAUACCGAUUACCUAAAUAAAAUAAAACAAAAAUAUAACCCCCUCAAGAGGUGGUUCCAGAGACUUGGUUGGGGGCAAGUCAUAUUUUUCAGAAAGCUGUAUUAAGAACAUAUUUCAUGUAUACUUCGUAGUUUAUAGAUUGUAGGUAGAUAACUAACUACUUACUUGUACCUGUCUGCAAUAUAACCUCUUUUAUUUUUUUUGUUUUAUUUGUAAUAGUAUUUAUUAUAGUACAAUGGGCUAAAUACAUUGGAUAGAAGGAAGAGAGUAUGGGGAUGACUGGAUUUGCGAUUAGAACGGAUAUAUAAUUAAAACAUUAGCGACAAUUAAAUACAUAUCAAAUGGGUAAGGCUUAAAUUUAAAGGACAUAAUGUGGGAAUAUAAUUAUUAUAAUAUAGUACCAAUUGACAGUAAUUAUUAAAUGAAGGGACGCAUCAAAAUUUGAUACAUCCGACGACACUUUUAUAUGUAAUAAGUAAUUUUUAUUUCGGACCAUUAAUUUGUAUACCGGGUCAAUUCCUUCUAUUUUGUAACUCCGGGCUAUACUAGAAAAAAUAGGAUCACGAAAAUACAUCUUACACCCUCCCCCCCUAAACGACACCCUGAGUUCAAUAUCUUUUUUGAUCAAUAAACAGUUCUAAAAACGAUUUUGUGAGAUUCCUAAAAUUGUGUACACCUCAGAACAAUCGCCCAUAUGACACUGGUUUGCAUUGAUUGUUAAUAGUAGUUACCUAUUAUGAUUUGAAUGCCAUUUUAAAAUGGAAAAUUGUUGAAUAAUUACGGCUCACUUUAUGUAUAUUUUAUGUACACUUGCAAUUAUUUUAGCGAAGAAGCUACUAUUCAUUUUAUUAAGAACCACUUUUUGGGUUAGUAAAAAUGUUCAAAAUUAAUCAAUUCGUUACCUUAAAAGAUGAGAAUUUUUAUCGAGUGAAACUUUUUACGAGUAUGAAAAAUAUGUUCAAUUUCCUAACAUUUUUCUAAAACAUUUUAAAAACUGACAACAAAUGUCAAUGUUUUGUUUUUUCAUUUAGGUAAUACCUAUAUUUAUAUUUAUAUUUAAUAUAGAUUAACCGAUGAAAUGGAAAUGUUGAGUAGUCAUUUCGAUGUGGCUCGGUACUUGUACCCUGAUAAUGGUCGAAAUCAUAUGGCCGCUUUACUCAAUUUGGAUUUGCAAAUGAUAUUUGUAAAGAAUAUUCGUUGUUUUUUAAGAUAUGUAAUGGAAGACAGCAAUAUAAAUUGUAUGUUUUAUAAACUUUAUUCAGAUCCCACAGUUAUGGAACAAGUAUGUAAUUUUACUGAUUCAAAAUUAUGUCGUUUAUUAUUAUCUCAAUGAUUAAAUAUUUGAAAAAAGCGUUUGGAAAUUAGAAUUGAAUUAAUUUUGUUAACAGCACGAAUUAUCUUAUAUAACCGGAAUAAAAGAAUUAAUACCCGUUAAACCUCGUUCUCGUAUACAAUAUAACGAAGAAGUUAAUGAUAUCGAUCACGAUUUCGAAAAGUUUGCAUUAUUUCAUAUGAACAUGCGCUUAUGUACUUUACAACAUAUUUCAAUAGAUGCCAAGAUCGUUGUGGUUGGAGCAUCGGUUGUAGCCUUAUCGUUUUUAGAAAAUUUAUUAUUCAAGUAAAUUAAUACAUUAUUAUUUAUAAUCUAUAAUAAUUUUGAACCAAUUUAAACUAAAAAUAUAAGAAAAAAUACUAUUAAAAAUAUGAAUGAUCAAAUAAUUUUAUAAAUGCAGAAGUCAUUAUAAAAUAUAGUGCCCUAUAUCUAUUUUAUAAUCCAAAACAAACAAUUUUAUCAGUCCUUAAAUCAAAUUAAAUUGUAUUAUUUAUUGGGUAUUUAUAUUCGAAUAAAAAUAGAAAUGUAUAAUUCAGUAAAUAUAAUAUAUAUUAUGGUUUUGGAGUAGAUAAAUAUAAAUAUUUUUUUAUGAAUAACUCAGUGUUUUGUAUCUGUAGUUCCGUUAAUUAUCGUAAAAGCUUCGAAAACAUAAUACUGGUAUCCGACGGUGGCAUUCCGUAUCAAGUCAAUUUAACCGGUUUAGAGGAUUGUAUGAUUCCAAAAGUAGCACACUAUAAUUACGAGUGCAUGAAGUCCAUGGGAAUAAAUACAUUUAUUGAUAUUAUCGUCGGUACGGUAACAGCGAUUAAUAGGUUUGUGGCAAUACAUAUAUUUUAUUUUUCUUUAUGUAUAUAAUAUAAAUAUAUAUGUUAUUUAUGUAUUUAUAUAAGUAAAUGAAAAACUUAGUUGUUGUACCAAAAAUGCAAAUUUUAUUAAAUAACACAUGAACUAUUUGUGUACACGAUGAAUAAUGUGAUAUUAAUGUGAAACCGAUUUAAAAUCGAGUAGUUGACAUUGAUUUCUAUUACAUAAAUCAAAAAAAUACUUAGUGGGUUAAUUGACAUCAUUUUCCCUCUCUCUACGACGGUCAACUUUGUAUUUCUUAUGAGACUUUAUUCUUAUACAUAUGGCUGUUUAGUUGGUUUAUGUAUGUAUUUUGUAGUGACGCACAAACGAAUUACCAAGAUGUAAUAGAAUUGCAUGUGCUCUCGGUGGGAGUAAAUGUAUUGAUUACUGGUGUAUUAGUAUUACAGACAAGUUUAAAAGACUUAAAAUUCUUUAAUAAAAAAAGAAGGAUAAAAACUGCAUUCCUCAACUGUCAACUGUGCGACACUACGAAGUGUGAUCAAAAUUUACCGAGACUCUUUGAAUUGUGCACCAAUGGAGUACCCAAGUGCAGUAGAACUGAUAUCACUAGAUUCUGUGACUUUUGAUCACAUAUAUUUUUGUAGAUUUAUUUCUUUAUUUUUACAAAACAUAUUAUGUUAUACAUAUAUAUAUAUAUAUAUAUAGUUAAUGCCUAACAGAUUUUAAAUAGAGACUAGAGAUAUUUACAUAUUUAGGUUAGUACUUAAAUACUAGGAUAAUGAUUAAUAAAUUAUAAGAUCUCUGAGGGUGAUUCGCAAAACACAUCAUAUAAAUAGAUCUUAAAAAAUUAGGUCGGAUAAUGGGAAAGGACGCAUAUAAAAUCCAGGAAAAUAAUCUCAUGGACCGUAGAAUUCCGAAAAUGUAUGUACGUGGACUGUAUUAUCACAGACUGUAUAAAUUCAAAAAUUAACUAACCGUAUAGUCACGGACCAUAUUCUCCUUAGAAAAAAUAUAUACGUAAACCGUAUAGUCCCGGACGAAAGAAAUCCGGAAAAAAUAAACACACAAACCGUAUAGUUGCGGACUGUAUACUCCCGGAAUCCAAAUUUUAAGAUAUACUAACUCCAUCAAGUAAUGUGAAAUAUCACUGCAAUUGUAUUUUAAAAUAUGAUUUGAACUUUUAACGGGUUUUCAAAUAGACAAACAAAUAUUACGAUCCGUAACUGUAUACGAAGCAAAAAAAAAAAACAAUGUAAGAAUGUUAACACAUGUUUAUAGGUACAUUUGAAACUGAGUAUAGCGAGGACAUUUAAUAGGUGGUUAUUACUACACAUUCUGAGAUCCCAGACUUAAACCCUAUCCCAAAUCUUAAAUACCAUUUGCGCUUAUAUUAAGAUGAGACUAAGUUAAAUGAACACUCACAUUGUGUUAGUGAAUGUACUGUUGACAGGCGCUGUUAUAAUACUUACAGAUUACUGUAGCAGAGCAUUGGCACCCGACAAAUAAUAUAUAUUUUUAAUUAAAUCUUUUUAAUGAUUACAUAUAUGAUUUUAGAUUCUGAACGGAGUGUUUACAAUAAUACAUGCUUUAAUUUGUAUGUGUUCGAGUGCAGAUUUAUACUAGAAAAAAUUAUUUUAUUAACACCUUCGACAUCUACAAUUCUAGUAGUAAAAUUAAUCUAGUUCAGUGCUUCCCAACUGGUGUUCCGCGGAACCUAAGGGUUCCGUGAGCCGGCGCCAAGGGUUCCGUAAAAAAUUUGGGAAGUAUAAAUUAUUUAAAAAUAUUUUUAAUUUGAAUUAUAAUUCGAACAUAAUAGGCAAAUAGCUCCUCUUCUCGUUAGGACGUUUCCUUAUCUUAUGAUAAAAUAUUCGUUAUAACGUUAAUAAUUCCAUAACAAUAUUGAAAGUUGUCGAUCCAUAUAUAUUUAUAGCUUAUAUUACCAGGUAUUAAUUUAUCUUAUCUGCAGUCAUUAGCGAGCAGUCGGCCGAUGGGUCUCGUCACGUUAAUAAUGCCAUAAUAAUAUUGUUGGUUGUCGAUCCAUACAUAUAAUUAUAUUUGAUACUAGGUAUUCGUUUAUCUUCUCUGUAGUCAUUAGCGAGCAGUUGGCCAGUGUGUCUCGUCAUUACAAAAUACUUGUUGUCAUUUUUAAUUUUAACGUUUGAAUUUUAGUGUUCAAUUAUUACUAUCACGAAUAACUCUCAUUUUCUGUAAAAUCUAACAUUUCUUGUCGGUGCAGUUUUGGUACCGGUUCCUUCAUAAUUUUUACUGAAAUGGACACAUGGCUCAAAACGGGGCGAUUAUUAUCAGUAGAGAAGGCCGGUUUAACAUCUACAUGUAAAAGUCACACUUCGUCUGUUCCAUUGGAAAACUCGACUUUUCACUGUGAAGCUGCUCCUCUCCAAAAAGCUACUAUCGAAAAUGUAUGAUAAAAUAGUAUGAUAGAAGUGGUCUCUUGUAUUCUUGGAGAUGAUGCGGGAAAAAAAGUUGCAGCAGUGCAGUGCUCAAACAAUACCAUUUCUGAUCGAAUUCAUAAAAUUUCUGACCACAUUGAAGAUGAAUUUGUUUUCAGAUUAAUUAACUGUAACCAAUUUUAUGCACGGAUGGUGUUGCUGCAAUGGUUGGAAAGAUAAAAGGUGUAAUAACUAGAAUUAAAGAGGUAGCUACAAAAUGUAGUAACACCCACUGUGUUUUACAUCGCCAUGCAUUGGCAACCAAGAAACUUUCGACAGACUUUAAAUCAGUACUAGAUGUCGCUGUUCAGUGCAUGAACUUUAUAAAAUCACGCCCCUUAAAAACAAGGCUGUUCAAGAAGCUCUGUGAGGAAAUGGGGAGUGACCAUCAGAAUCUUCUUUUACAUACAGAAAUCAGGUGGUUGUCCAGGGGCAAAGUUUUAACAAGACUUUUUGAAUUGCGAGAUGAAGUAAUAAUUUUCCUAAAGGAGCAUACAAAAACAAAUCUUUAUGAAUGGUUUCAUGAUGAAAAUUUUCAUAUAAAGCUUAGCAUACCUCUCUGAUAUUUUCAACAAGUUAAACGAAACCAACUUGAGUUUACAAGGAAAAAAAACUUCGAUCUUUCAAGCCAAUGAUAAGAUUAAAGCUCUCAUUGGAAAGUUGGACUUUUGGGUCGAAUGUGUACAAGAAAAUGAUUUUCCAUGUUUCUCCAACCUGAAUAAAUUCUUAUAUGAAAAUGAAAGCUCAGUGACACCGAUAAAUGCAGAAAAAAAUAAGGCCAUUUAAUUAGUUUAAAAUCUGGAUUACUUUCCUACUUUCCAGGAUUAAAUGAAGAUUUUAAUAAUUUGUGGGUACAAAAUCCAUUUUUAAUUCAGAAAAAGCCAAAAGUACUUUCAUCAAAUGAAUACGAAAGUUUGCUUGAAAUAAAAUCUUCUUCUGAAUUGAAAAUUAAGUUCGAGUCACUUGAAAUUGAGGAGUUCUGGAUUGCCAUGGAAAGUGAUUACGAACAAUUGUCCAUAAAAGCUGUCACCAUUUUAUUGCCAUUUCCAACUUCCUACUUGUGUGAAACUGGCUUUUCAGCGUAUACAAAGACCAAGAAUAAGUUUCAAAAUCAACUGAACGCAGCUCCGGACUUACGAAUCCAACUCUCGGGAAUAACUCUAGAUUUAAAAAAGUUAUGAAGCAAACUAUGCAAAGAUUCCAAUCUUCUCAUUGAAUCUAUCUUGGAGAUAAUGACAGACAAAUAAUAAAUGUGUCGGAUGUGUCCGACAACCCACUCAUUNACCAAGAAUAAGUUUCGAAAUCAACUGAACGCAGCUCCGGACUUACGAAUCCAACUCUCAGGAAUAACUCCAGAUUUAAAAAAAGUUAUGAAGCAAACUAUGCAAUGAUUCCAAUCUUCUCAUUGAAUCUAUCUUGGAGAUAAUGACAGACAAAUAAUAAAUGUGUCGGAUGUGUCCAACAACCCACUCAUUUAUGUAUGCAAAACAUAUGUAUGCAUUGAUAUUAUAGAAAAAAUAUGGGGGUUCCACAAAACGUUCAAACUCCUACAAAGGUUCCGCGAGUAAAAGAAUUUGGGAAACGCUGAUCUAGUUGGUACUUUUAAGAGAUCGAUUAUUUGAAUUAUUUAUUAUUAUCUUAUUAUUUUUUUUUAUUAAAAAUGAAUAUUUACUUUUCUAAAACUGUCACUAAAUGUUUAAUUCAUAUAAAUAAAUUCAUUGGUUUCAUCCGUAUAAUGGUUUGUAGUCAUCUUUCAAGCUUCUACUUUCCUUUUCACUUGUAAAAUACAUGAGUUGCAUCCUUGACCCUGUAUUAAUUCCAGUCUUCGACUUCCUUUAUGUUUCUUCCUUUCUACGUUCCCUCGUAUAAUUAUUUCUAACAAUUCCUAAUGUCGUAUUGAAUGACUUAUCUAUAAUUUCAUCUUCUUGCCUUAUUGUUCCAUUAUAGUUUUCUUUCUAAAUAUUCUUUUGAUUAGGUACUUCUAUAUUGAUUGAAUAAUAACAUCUAUCUUCAACAUAUUCUUCUAUAAUCCCACAUUUCGAAUGCUUCAAGUUGUAUUCGUUCUUCCGCCGCUGAUACUGUCUAGAUUGCACACUUGUAUAGGGCUAUACUUCAUGCCACUGGAGAAUAUAUAUGGUCCCUAAUAAAGCAAAUAUAUAGGUUGUCAUAACUUGGGGUGGUUAAUUGCUAUAAUUAGGUAAUAAUUUCUUCUUUUUCGAAGUUUUUCCAUUGUAGACUGAGUCCAUGUUCUAUUUGUAUCCAUUUUCAACACACUUACCAGGUUAUAUUAUUUGGUAAAACUGCUUUAUUUUUUGGAACUGAAAUUUGCUCACUAUCUAAUCUCCGAAUAAGACUCCAUAUUUUACGGCUAGAGUGGGUAAAGUACAAGUUUUUUGCUUUUUUUCUUUAACUUUCUUUCCUACUUUCAUUCGGGGUGUUCAAUAACUUAAUUUCCAGUUCAGGAUCGCCCGACAUAUUCAAUUCUUUAUAAAUUUUCUUACAAUACUCUGACCAACCGUGUAAAACGUCUUGUUUGAAGCCUCUGAAUAUGUUCUUCUUUGCGACGGCUAUUAUUGCGUUUGCAAAACUAUCAAAACCCACAAUUUCGGGGAAUCCAUUUUAUUAUUAUUACAAUUUAAGUUUACGUUUUUGGCGUGUUGGAACGGCAAAACUCUACUGCGUAUGCGCUCGCUAGUUGUGAUAGUUUCAUCGUGUGUUGGAACAAACCUAAUAGAUUUAUUAUUACCUAUUACAAAUUAACAAAUUACAAUAACCUAUUUUUAUUUUGGAUGCCAGUAACAAUAAUGUUAUUAUUAUCCCAUCCUCUUAUAAAAUCGUCAUUGAAAAACUGAUUAUACACAAUAAAUUGUAGUGGUCACAGGGAGGUAUACGGUAAUAAAUGAUUACACUAAUAAGUUAGUUAUGUAUUAUUAAUAAUAACCAUUGACUACUCACAUAGAUAAUACGCGUAAUACAUAAAAUCAAAAAUUUCCUAUAGGUUAACCUCUUAAUAAAUUACCGCUUCUAAUGCUCUUAAGAAUUAUAUUAUAUAAAAGAUAAAAUAACCAACAGAUUUCGCUUAUAAUUGCGAAUUUUGUUUUCUUCCUUGGCGAAUACGGUCCGUAAAAAUAUGGUUUGUGUGUUUACUUUUCCGGAUUUCUACAGUCCAAGACUACACGAAUUAAAUUCCAGAAUUCUACAGUCCGUUCGAUUUUACGGGAUUUUACGCGCCUCUCAUCGUCGUCAAAAGAUAGCCUAAUAAUUCUACAUUAAGAAGAAAAUUGGUAUAAUAUACUUCAGAAAGUUAGGAAGUCAUAAAAAAUAUGUGUUACAUUAAAACUAAGAAGGUGAUAAAGAAUCUACAAAAAAAGAUGUGCUUAGGAGAAGUUUCAAAAGCCAGUAAUAUUAAUAACAGUAGGAUUCGACGAUCCAUUGGCGCAAAAUUCAAAAUAUAGUCUAAGUACUUUUUUAAUAUACCUCGUGUAUAAUUUAAUCUAUAACCGCGUAAGAAAUCGUAUUCAUUCUAAAUUAUAUUUGAUAUGCUAUCUUGAUAUUCUUUGGUUCCAUUUUAGAAGGGCUUAAGUUAAUUUUUUAUAGUUUUUAAUAUAAUUGAAAUAAUAUAAAAAAAUGUAUAAAUGGCUAAAUCGCUAUGUAAACAUGACUUAUACUUUUUUUAAAAAAUUUAAAAAAAUAUAUCGGAGCGAGUUAUAAUAUUUUAAUUCUCAAUAUACUCAUAAUAUGGUAUUAAAAUAUAAACACACUCAUACCAUGCAUUCCAAAAAAAAAUAAAAGCAAAAAUAUCACAUAAGACAAAAUUAUAAACAAAAUAACAAAAAUUGACCUAAGGUCUUCAUUAUUAAGACCAAAGAAUUAAUUGAUCAAUUCAGAAACUAUAUUUAGUAUAUACAAUCAUAUUAAUUUAGAAAAAAAAACUUGUUCCAGAGCCGAUAAAUGUAUCACAGUUAACGGGGAUGAUUCUAUAUAUUAUGAUUAUUUAUUUUUAUUUAACGGCGAACAGUUUACGUACAGCGUUAAAGACGACGACACAAAAUCGCAUAAACAUCACAAACUUAACAAUAUCAAAUCGUAAAUAUAUAGUGUAUAUUAUAAAUAUAUAUAUAUAUAUUAGGAAAAUUUGUGAAUUUCGGGGACUAUAGGGGGGAAAAAAAAUAAUAUCGGUUCAUAUCUUCUGGUUAAAAUUUGCCAUAAUUUGGAAAAAUUCACAUCGUUAUCUACGUUAAUUUUAAACAUUUUUAUAUUAUUCACUUCCCAAAUGUAACACCUCAAAUUCUUAAAUACUGUAAAUACCGCGAAAAAAUACUUAAAAAUUAUUUAAAUCUUUCUUUCACGUAUUGCUUACAAAAUUAAUGACAUUAAAAUACAUUUUAACAAAUAAUGGUAGACUAUGGUUUAAGAAAAAAAAAAUACUAACCAACAGCAUGGUUUAUUAUUUUAGUUUUUAUUAUUUAACACAAGAUUUAAUAUUUUACACUAUUUUUUUUUUUUAUGAACAAAUUAAAUUUUUGUGUGUCGGGAAUUCAAGAAACUCGUGUUGAACAAUUGACCAUGUCUGUUUUCACUCAUUCUUAGCUGAAGGUAUUUUGGAAUCUGAUUUAUAGACGAAGACAUAGUUGACCUUGACAGUAGAGUCUUUCUCAUAAAACCAUCACUAGACUCAGCUAUGUUUUAAUUUUUCCUGAAGUUUCUGUUACGAAGCAGUAGCAAACCGAACUGUAGUAGAAAGUCCUACUACUUAACUUUAAAAAAUAAUUGGAAUUAUUUUUAAAUCAUGCAUGACAAUGUAGUUUAUUUUUGAAACAACAACGUACUUUAAAAACCAACACUUGUAUACCAAUUAAUACAAUCUUCAAGGAACCUGUUUAAAUAUUUACUUAAUAUUGUCGACUCCGUAAUUGAAAUAAUAAUGUUUGGACGUCAAUGAAUUCUAAAGACAAGACAAUUUAAAAGGAAUAACUAUCAUAUCCAUGCGUCAUCCCCAUUAUUCUAGGAUAUCUUUUUAGUUAUGAGUUUUAAAUUUUAACUACACAUCUGAUAGUGUAGAAAGGACUUGAGGUGAUUUAUAUAUAAUAAUAUUUAAUGCAGGUACAUGAGCGUUCCAUGGGGGGAGGGGGUAUACAGGGGAUGGCCUUUUGUUUUCCUAGGUAUUAUAGAGUUUCCUGUUUAACUGUUUCCUGUCUAACUUUAUUUAGUGAUAAUAAUUAAAUAAAUAAAUAUAAUCAAUAAACAUAUUUAUUACUCGUUAUCAUUUUCCAUAAUAUUUGUAUACAGAUUAGAAACCAUGCAUGGUUAUAGACCGUGUUUAUAUUUUAUAUGUCUGUGAUUACAGACUCAAUAUCUUUAUCCCGAUUUUAGUUUUAUAGUCAUUUGAGUUCAUAUACAACUGAUAUAAACAAUAUAUUAAUAUCCCGAUACUAUCACCGAACCAAGAUAAAAAUAAUUUUCCGGGUUUUUAUUGUUGUUAUUAAUUGUUUAUAGCAAAAAAUUUAAUAAGUGAUUUUUAGAAACGUCUUAAUGAAUUAACGUUGUUAGCCGUUCCUAAAGAAGUCCCAAUUGAUUCCGAAGAAGUUCUUAAUGUACUGACACAAAAAUCAACAAAAGCUGAUAUAAUUUUGUUAAUUCAAUAUUAGUAUUAAAAAUAUAAUAUGUUAUAAUUUAAUGCCUUUUUCAUAAAUCUUCCCAACAUCCCAUCUAUAAUAGUGGGGCUGCACCCGCGUGCAAAGUAUGUCCGUCAUUUUUUACUUAAUUUUUAUUUGGUAAAGUACUCUAUGGAUAAAAUUGUUCAAUCAAACCGAAAUGUUUGAAAAUUUAAAACAAGGUUCAUUAUGAGUUACACUUAGUGACCAAAAAAAAAAAAAAAAAAAAAAUAGAGUGUAAUGAAGUAUUUUAUUUCUUUUUAUAAGUUUUAAUAUCAAAUUUUAAAUAAAAUCAUAAAUAUUAUAGCCUUUCAAAGCAAGUAUGCUUACUACAUAUAAGCGUACAUUUCACCGAUUCGGUUUUUAUUAACAAUGGUUUAUUGUUGUUUACAGAUAGAAAUAAGAUAACUUUACGCAUCUAAUACAUUACUAACUUCUCACCUAUAGCAAUGGUACAUCCGUCCCAGGUAUCAGGUCUUUUUAAAUUGUAUUAACUUUAAAAAUAUUGCGCAACCUAAAGAUACUGAUGAAUUUAAAUAUUAUUUUCUGUGUUUUUAAUACAUACGAAUUUGAGCUGUUACAUUUGGAAAGAGAGGUAUAUUCCAAAAUGUUAAAAAUAAUCGUGAAAAUUAAAUUUUUCCAAAUUUUGACAGCUUUUAAAAUUGCACAACCGGAAGAUAUAAAGAAAAUGUCUGUGGCAUUUCAACGUAAAAAGAAAAAAAAAAAGAUAAAAUGUUGUACAAUUUUCAGCCCGCCUAAUAUGCAUAUAUAUAUUAUUUAUUUAAUACAUUUUAUAAAUUUUAAUACUCUUUUUUUAUGUAUUUUUGACGAUUUUAAUACUAUAGAUCAAAUAAUGAAAACAACAAUAUUGAAAAUUUAUUUUUACUGAAUUCUGAAAACGAUGUCAUAAACGCAUUCAAUUAUAUCAAAACAAUGCAAGAUAAUAAUUACAGUAAGGUCAAAGAGAACAUGGAAUUCUUUAUAUCAUCGAAGAAUAUAAUAAUAAUUAGUAGUAUUGCGCCAUCGUUAUUAAUACCAGUGACUUUUUAAAGUUAACUAAGUAUUAACUAAAGAGUACCUACUUGCGACUUACCUACCUAUACUUAUUAUUAAUAUACUGAUAUAAAUUAAAUAAUAUAAUUUGUCUUACCUUCCCAACUUCUCACUUAUACAAGUGGCACACCCAUCAGGGCAUCAACAGUAUAAAAUCUUUAAGAUUUUAGUAUGAUAUGUGUAUUCUUUUUUUGUUUUUAGAUUCUGGGCAUAGCGAUGGACCUGUUGGUUUCACUGACUAUGGCGUGCGUUUUAUAUUCGGAGUGUAUUGAGGGAUUUAUUGGUUUUACUUUAACGUGGUUUUUUUUUUGUCUGUAAAUAACUUUUAAAAGAAAUAUUGCUCCGAUAUAUAAAGUAUAAUAUCUUUUCUGAUAUAUAAAGUAUAAUAUCUUUUCUGAAAGGAAAUUUUGUUUAACUGGUGUAUUAGAAAGGUCUUUUUUUGAUAAAGAAAUUUUUUUUCCAAGAUAAUUUCAAAAUAAUUGGGAAAAAUGCGAAAGAAAUUAAAGGUAAAAUGGCAAAUAUUUAUAGCACAUCGCGGCGUUACCGUUUUCAUUGUUUUUAUUAUAAUUAAACGAUGUUUUCUACCAUAAAUAUUGUUCUAAGCCAAAAAAAGACAAGUAACCUUUUUUGUUUCAUUUUUAAUCUUAUUUGAAAAACAGUAAUUCAUUUUUGAUUUUCUUUGUAGUUUUUUUAAUAAUUGAGCAAAACCAAAAAAUACAAAGAGAGGGAAAAUUUACGAAAAUAAUUCUUUUGUUAUUUUAAAUUUUGUUUUUUUUUUUUAAUGUAAUUUAUUUAAACAAUUUCGUAAAUCCUUGAAAUUUUGACAGAAAACUAUUUGCUUUUUCUAGAUGCAGUCAAAUUUUUAAUAUAUUUGAGUCAUUUUUGAGCUACCUAAUGACAUCUUAAUUUUGCGAGUUGUUUUAUGUAAACAACGGUUUAUUAUUGGUUAUAGGUAUAAAUUAAAUAAUUUUAUGUGUUCCAAUUUUCCAACUACAUCAGUGGCGUUGUACCUGUCCCCAGUAUCAGUUUUUUUUUUUAAGUAUAAUUACUUAUUGUCAAUAUUGUUUAUAAUAGGCGUUAUCGUGUACGGCAAAUACCUAGGAUCAUUAUCGGUGAUAAAUGUACUGCUCGGGUGUGGUAUAGAUGGAUCUCGGAUCGUUUAUGUGGAGUCCGAUGUCAAAAAAGAAAACCUUCAAUUUAUUACUAGUCAGUAUGUAAGUAUUUAGAUAACUGUAAAUAAAAACCUACCAAUACCAAUUACAUAUGCACAAUUUAACAUACCUAUAGAUUGUAAAAAUUGUAUACGAAGAACUAUACAACCAUAAUAUACGUGUGUAUAAAUUAUGCAAGUUUGAAAAAUUGACAUUAAACUACAACCAAACGAAAAUACAACAAGUGACAUUUACAUCGAACGACGAAGGACAAAUAAAAAUAAACUGUGCUGGAUUGUUUUGGUUUGACCAGAAAUUCAUUAAAAAAAUCAAUUGGCUCUGUAAGUAAAUUUCUAGAACACCACUGCAAGGAAAGGUUUAUUUUUAUAUUCAGUAAAAAGAUUUUGUUCAAAUGGUACCUAAUCUUUUUUUCCUUCUGUUUAACCUCAUCAAAUAUAGAUGGGAUCAUUUACAUUUAUUUUUAUUCUCCAUCUCUAUAGGUAACCAUGUAAUUAUCACUAUUACCUUGUCUUCUUCUUAUCUGGUUUAAAUUUAUACAACCUCCACAAAUGAUUUAUUUUUUUGCACCGCUGAAUUUAUCUAAAAAUACCUUGAACUUCCCUACUCGAUUAAUUAAUAUCAAUAUUUUACAGACGUUGUACAAUUAUUGGGCUAUUUAUAAACAUUUUUCUUUGUAGUUCAAAUUUUUAAUAAAACAGAAAUUCAUAAAAAUAUAAUACAGUGUAAUUAAUAGUAAAAAAUAAAGGUUGAACGUAAUGUGGUAGUUAAUAUUUUAUAAGCAUGUUUUAAGAUCAAAUUUGGUCAAAAAUCGUAAAAAUUACGGCAUUUCAAAACAUUUAUAUUCGAAAUUUGCUCAAAAUCAUUUUUCCUUUGCAUUAGUUUUUUGUAAAUACAGAUAUAAAUUAUAAAACUUCAUGUAUUCUACUUUUAAAACUUCUUACCUACAAACAGUAAAUUCCUCUCCAUUUAUCAGCUUUGUUUUAGACUGCUGUUUGUUAUUUAUAUUUAUUUUUUCUGUGGACUACUUUUCACUACAAAUUUUUCUCUUAUUUUCAAGCUGCAGCACUUUUUCUGAAAGGAAAUCUGACUGAGAUGGUACUUUCAGAUGGUCAUUUUUUUGAUUUUCCCAGCUGUUUUUAUAAUAAACGGAAAAAACAUAAAAACCGGGAACAAACGUAGGAAAAACAGGAAAAUUUACGAAAUAUAUAUGUUUUCAAUUUUUUGUUUUUUGUUUUGUUUUGAUUAAGUUAAAAAUAUUUGUAGAGAUUUGAUGUUGAGAGACUGAUAACUUAUCUCUGCCUUUUCUAGACGUGGUACAAUUUUCAAAACAUUAUAAUCAUUUUUGAGUAAUUUAUAGACAUUUUAACUUUUUUGGGUUUUAUACGUACUUUUUGUUCGGUAACAGAAGGCUCAUUAUGAGUCGUGAUUUGUGGUCAAAAAAAAAAAAUCAAGUUUCAAGUAGUAUUUUUUUUUUAUAUUCAUUUUAAUUAAAAAAUUUUGAUGAAAUUCGUAAAUAGUACGUAAUUUGUAAGUAUUAUAAAACAAUACUAUUAACCGAAUUCCACUCAGAAUCGUUUUUCGUUUGCAAUGGUUAAUCAUUGAGUACAGAUAUACAUUUAAUUCCUCCUUCUACCUUUCCAGCUUUUCACCUACAGUUGCCCACCCAUCGUGCGAAGUAUAUCCGUAUCUUUUUUAAUUCUUUUUUAAUUUUAGCAUUGAUACGGUCUUCGUUCAAGUUCAACGGUCAUUUGGUAGUGAGUUCUUCCUUCGAAACUAAUGUCGAAUCCGUGUACGCUGCAGGACCAUUAGCAGAGUUUGUUCAAAACGAUUCUCUGCUCACUCUGAAACAUUUACACUAUAACAGCGUAGAGAUCGGUGCACGAGUGGCGGAUAUGUUGAUGAAACUUUUGGGCGUUCAGGAAGACAAUGGCCGAAUAAAGGCCAAGUAUAUUCGACCUUUGUCGAUUUACUGUAAACUACCAGGCAACUACAAUUAUCUCGAUUCCGCGGUACCCGGUUUGAAAUUCAUGAAAUGUUCCACCAAAACACUUAAGACUGGGAAUGCGGUAGAUGGAUAUUUUGAAAUCAUUGUGGACAAUAAAGGCAACGUUUUGAAUUUGUCUUGUUUCUCAAAACGAGUGAGUUUAUUUAUUAUAUUAUCGACUAUGUACCAAAAUCUAGUAAAUCGGGAUUUUUUUUUUUUUUUUUUAGAUAAGAAAAAUAAAACUUAAAUACCCACUUUAAUACUACUGCUAGGAUAGUAUCGCAGUAGUAAUUUGAGUUGCGUUGUUCUAUUUUUUGAUAUUAUGUUAUUUUAAUUCCUAUUUGACUUAAUUGGCUUACUUUUUGCUGAAUAAGUUUUGCUAUAUCUGAGGCGAUAUAAGUAUUUGUAGGCUCAUGAGAGUGGAAAGUGAGUCUGAAAGAACUAUAUUGCUUUUACGAACUUUUCCAUGGUCAUAGUAGUAUAUUAUGUGUUCCACUGAUUUGAGGAUUACUAUGGCGUUCUCCAUGUAGACGGAACAACUUUAUGGCGUUUGAAUCUGGUAAUACAUUUUUCAUUAAUAAUUGCUAUUCCUACACUUUGUGUAUGUUUUGGAAGCGUAAGUGUAGUAGCAAUUGACAUCUGUAUGAAUCUGAAGUAUUUUGUUUCAAAAAUUCUUGUAAAUUAUUGGGAGGGUGUGCUCUUUUUUGAAUUUUGUUAAUUUUAGAUUUAUGUCGAAGUUGGAGUUCCACGGGGAGAAAAUGUAGGGCUAAACUUGUAUUAUCAAAUUAAAUUCUAAACUAUGUUCUUUAGCGUGCUUGGUCGUUUUGUCUAUUUUGUUUUCUGAGUUAUCAGAAGUCCUGGUAAUGCAUGUUACGUAGAGUAGUACUCUGGAAGAAACCAUGGACUUUAGUGAACUGAGAUCUGUUAGUAAAGUAUGAAUUAAACCAGGCUAGAAGGGGGUUUCUGAAUCCUAAUCGGCCCAAUGUAAUAAUUAAAAUUCAUGUUCCAUGCGAUCAAAGGCCUUCUUAAAAUCAAUGUAUACUACAUCAACCUGACAGUUUUCCUCGAAAGAGUCAAGUAUAAAUUGUUGUAGAGAUAAGUUACAGGUUAAAGUUAAUUUACCUGGCUUGAAUCCAUGUUAGCUUAUAUUUAAUAUACUACUGAUUGGUUUAAUUAUAUGUCUGAGAACAAAUUUUUCUAACAGUUUGCCCAAUUGAACAAGUCCAAGAAAUGGGUCUAUAAUUUUUAACAUCAGACUUGUCACCUUUUUUAAAAACCGGGGUUAAUAAUGAUUUUUUUCCAGAUAGACGAGAAGACCCCCUCCUUAAGUGAUUUAUUUUACAAAAGAAAAAUCGGAUAGGGAAGGACAUUAAUCAAAUUUUUGGAUGGCUAAAGGAAGGAUAGGCAUAUUAAGGGAAGAAGUGGGGAUGAACUAUAAAUAAAGGAGAAAUAAUUAGACAAUAAUCCGCAGUGGCCUCAUCAUCAUUAGCAAUUUUAUCAUCUAAGAAUAAAGAAAUUGGUAUACCAAAAGAGCUCGUAUUAACGGAGACCCAGUUCUAAAAUUACUUAGGAUUUGUUAAGAUUUCAUUUUCGGAACGUAAUAGAAAUUCAUUAAAAACUUUUUUUGAUUUUGAUUUGUAUUGAGCUCUUAGAUUAGAGAAGUAUUCAUAGUUUUAAUUAGUUUUGAUUUCAUACAAAUUAAAUGAGCUUUGUACUUUCUCCAGAUUAGAGUUUUAAGUUCUUUGUUAAACCAAGGAGGGAAAUUAUGAUUAUUUAUAGUGGAUUUUACGGGCACAAUUGACGUUAAAGCAUUCAAAAGUGUCUUCUAAAAUAAAGAAGCAGCUGCUUCAACAUUAGGUUUAAUAAAAGUAUUAGACCAAUUAAAAUAAUUCAAAAUUAAAUUUGCUUUAUUAUUAUCCCCAUUGUUGUGAUCGAAGAAGGUUUGGUGAUUUUUAAGAGUGUGUACAAGUAGUAUUAAAUUUGUAUUUCCGGGUGGUAAGGGUCAAUAGGGAUUAUAAAGGUUUAUCCCGAAGAUCAACGAUUGUCUCUUGGAGAUAAUAAAAUACCAGUACAAAAUAUUUUCAGAUAUAUUAAUCAUAUGAUUAAUUAACAUAUUAAUUGAUAAUUAAUGUUAUAAAUUGGUGUAAAUUUAACAUUGAAAAACGUUUAAUAAGAGAACUUUCUAUCUGGGAUUAAAGGAAGUUAACACAUUUGAAACUGACCUUAUCAGUAACCCAGGAUAACGAUAGGGUAUUAUAAUUGCCACAAAUAAUAAAUUUACAAUUUGGAAUAGUGAACUCGAACGCAUGUUAAAGCACGGAAUGUAUUUGUACGGAAUAUUCAUUUCCGGAAUUUUUAUUUUCAAGCCGUAUUUGUACGAAUUACAUGUUUCCAGAAUGUAUACACUCGGACUGUAUAUUUUCAGAAAAUAAAUUAUUAAUUACGAAUCGUUAUAACCUCGGAAUCUUGAAAAACGUUUGAAUCAUUUUUGCAUUUUUGGAUAUAAACAACCGGGCGUGUAUAACUAAACCUUACAAUGCCUAAUAUAAUGUAUAUCUUUUUACCUUAACCACGUUUUUAGAUUCGUAGUGAAGCGAGGUUUUGGUUUUACAAUGAUGUUGAUUUCUUUUUUUAUUUCUUCUUAGUUAUGCUACCCCCCCCCCCUAAACGGACAUCAGCUAGUAGAUCGGUGAUAAAAUUAGACGAGAAAUUAUUGACAGAUGGGAGAGACUUACGUUUCUAUUUCACGAAACACGAUAUAACCCCAUCAACAUCAUUAGUCCUGCUUAAAGUAAAUUUGAUUGGUCUUUGUUUUUAAGUUAAAGAGCGUCCAAGUCUUGAGAUAUUGCCAACUUUGACCUGAUUGAUAGAAACACCUGUAAAUAACUCAUUAAUGGUCUCCAUGUCAGAAUUAAUGCGUUCUUUACACCAUGAAUAAUGAUAUUCAUUGAACAAUUUUGGAUAUCUUAAACCUCAUGCAAAAUAGCUGAGUAUCUUUUGACUCGGCAUUAAUGGUACACUUUUGUAUUUCCGAUACACAAACUCUAUUUUCAAGACAAUCUACCUCGCUUUACACUCAGCUAGAGACGAAUCCAAUUUAGACAGAUGCGAAUUAAUAUCGUCGAAGCGAGUAUAAAUAGACGCAAAACCCGUAAUUUGAUUGUCUGAAAGUCUAUUAAUCAAUUUGGCUAGAUCGUCUAAUUUGAGUGGUUUUUUUUACUAGUUAAUAUAGUUAUACUAGUUAUAUAUAUGAAUAAAAAAAAAAUAUUCGCAAAUUUUAGAUUCAUUAAUGCCCAAAACAUCACCAAUCUGAUGUAGUAUCAACGUAAGUUGUUCUUUAAGGCUCUUCUGGAGUGCAAUCUAAUAAAAUAGUAUAGUAUUUAUUUUUCUUUGCAUAAUCAGUUAUUUCUUUUCAUAUUUCUUUUCAGUUAUCUCUUUUGCUUUAAUACUAAUUAGUUAAUUUUACAUAUUAGGUCCUAAGUAAUGAUAAUGAAUUUCUUUAGUACUAAUUUGCCUUAAACGUUCCCACACAAUAGGAUCAAACUUUGCAAUCAUUUGAAUAAGGUAUAAUAAUAUUUAUGACAUUUUACGUAAUUACUAUAUUACAUAAGGGCUAUAUUUUAGCUGACAAUAUUUAAUCCGACAGUACUUAAGUCUACAAAUAAAUAAUUCGAACCGUAUUUUAGCCGAUACAUAUUUUGUCCAAACUGUAUUUAAGAUGAUAGCAUUUUAUCCGAAUAGUAAUUAAUAAGAACCGUAUUACAGCCGAUAGUAAUUUAACUUAUACGUAUUUUAUUCGAUCAAUCCCCCUCCACUACAACCAACGCUACACAACCGACAGCAUCGGUAAUUGCACGUAUGAACUGCAGAUGAAGUAUAGCAGAGCGUCUUACUGGUGAUUGCGCGCAUUACUCCCGGGAAACUUCUCGGGAUACUGAAAAAAAAUUUCACUGAGGAGGUACUUCAAACAGGUCGUUUUUCGAUUUUCUCCGGAGUUUUCACAUCAAAUGUGAAAAAACCGAAAAAAAAAAACGGGAAAAUUUAAGACAUGUAGAUAUUAUCUAAAAAAUAUUGUGGCGUUUUUUGUGAACAACUUUUCUAACAGUAAUUUUGCUCCGAUUUACUAUAAUACCACUUUUUUUUAAAUUAAAUCUGUCUGAAAAUGUACUUUAAAAAGGUAAUUUUUUUUAUUUUCCUAUAAGAUUUUUCCAAAUAAAUAAGGAAAAAUUACUGGCAAAACGUAGGAAAAAUAGGAAAUAAGGAAAAUUAAAGAAAAUACAUCAUGACUAUGUAAUUAUUUUACAAUAAUAUGGCAUAUAUAUUGCUGACACUAUCAACUGAACUCCUCUCAGAAUCGUUUUUUCUUUAGUAAUGGUUUAUCGUUGCUUACAGAUAUUAAUUAAAUUUUCCUUCUACUAACUUCCCAACUUCUCACCUAUAUCAGUGGUUGUACCCACGUGUAUGUCUCAAAGUGUGUUUUUCAAUGUGAUUUCAUUUAAUAUGUUCAUAAAGACUUGAAAAUUUGACAGAAAACGUAUAUUUGCUUUUCCUAGACGUAGUAGUAUGUUUAAAACAUUUGAUUCAUUUUUAGACUAAAAGGUAUUUUAAUUUUGCGAGUGUGUACGUAAUUUUUAUUCGGUUAGUACUCUGUAGAUAAUAUUUUUAGACUUAACCGAAAUGCUUGAAAAUUGUACGAGAUACAGGAUAUUCCAUAGAUUUCGUACUUUGUAGUCAAAAAAAUAAAAUGUUGAGCUUUAUUUAUCAUUUUUUUGUUAUUAAAGAAUUUUCACGGUUAUUAUUUUCAUGUUGUUUCCGGGUUUUCACAUUCUCUGGAAAAACUCUUGGAAAAAUCGAAAAUGACCUCCCUAAAGUACCUUUCGAAUCAGAUUUUAGAAAAUGUUUAGAAAAAAUGCUAUUAUUGUAAAUUGGAACAAAAUUGCUGAUAAAAAAGUUGUUCACAGGAAAAAUAAAGAAGGUAUAUUUACAUGUAAGAUUCGUAAUAAAAAUAUGAAUUGUAUUUUAACUUCAUAACAGGUAAUUUUAAUGUUAAUAUGUUAUAGGUAUAAUAUUAAUGAAUAACAAUAUAGGUAAAGAAUAACUUGCUAAUAAUUAAUACUUUGAGUACAUUAAUUACAUUUGCUAUUUAAAUAUUCAAAACUAUACAGUUGUCUUGACAAAACCAAUGUAAGGUAAUAAAAAAAUCAUUUAUAUAUUAUCUUAGAAAUAAGAUAUGUAUUAUCUUUAUCCGUAUCUUGAUUAAAGAUCAGAUAGAGCAAUUAUCUUUUAUUUUUAUCCAGGUAAAUUUUAAUUAUCUAUGUCUCAAUACUGGUUCAUAGGUACUAGUCUAAAUAAUCAUCUAUUAAUGUUGUAUAUAUCUUGUACAGGAUUUCAAGUAUUUAAACUUGAUAAAUCUAUGUGGAAAAAACGUGAACUUAUUCAACGAUAUGAUGGACCGAUUAAGUACGAAUUCCAUUCCUUGUUUUUUCGAUUAUUUCGAACAGGCAUGGUCUUAUCCGCUAUAUUUGGAUCGAUUUUGGAAGUUAUUGGACGAUAUACUAUAUAAAUUCAAAAAGAAAAAUAACAAGGUAUAACAAAAAAUUAGAAAUGAUAUGUUUCUAUGAAUGAAGAAAAGUUUACUCCACUUGAUACUUGCAUAUUUUUAGGUAAAUUAAUUCCCAUGUUUUUUAAAAUACAUCUAUUUUUUUUAUCAUAGGGUAUCGACAGAAUCUUAGACGAUGACUUUUUCGCAUUGGUAUCCGAGCAUAAUGCCAAAACGGUAAAUCGUAAUAUUCUAGUAUAAGUAUCAUCUAACUUAGAAUCUAACACAUAAUAUACCUAUAAUACUUACACUAUAUAAUAUUAUUCCUUAUAAAAUUUAUUGUAUUUCUAGGUGUCAGAGUUAUCGAAGCGCGCUGGUCUUGACGGACGGCUCGAUCGGAUCUAUACGGAAAAAUUACAACACAUUUUGAUAAAAUUUAUCGACGACAACAUAGUUGAUUUUCCCGUGUUUCGGCAUGUACGCGAUGCGGUAGACCGAAUAAAUUCGAACGACGAGGUGUGA